AUGGCUACUGAGCGUUCCUGGAAACCUCUGAGUCUUUUUUACGUAGAAUAUCCUGAAGCUGAUGCUUUCGGAAAGCUACUGGCGUAUUCCAGUAUGGUGCCAAUAUUUAUUAUUUUCAGCAUCAUAACUCUUAUUAUGUCGAGAAGAGAUUUGCAUACGAUAUUUUAUUUCUGUGGUUGUUUGAUCAAUGAAUUGAGUAAUUAUUUUCUCAAAUACAUCAUUAAGCAGCCAAGGCCUUUCCCAACCAUUCACCUAGGUAUUAAGUCACCAGGUAUGCCUUCAAACCACGCACAAUUCAUGGGCUUUUUCUGUGUCUACAUUGGAUUUUUCCUAUUCAUAAGGCUCAAUCAGCGAUCCUUCAGUCGCCAGUUCACAACAUUUGUUUACUUAGUCUGUGCAUCAGUUACUGCAUUAGUUUGCUACAGCAGGGUUUAUUUAUUGUAUCAUACUUCUACUCAAGUUUUAGUUGGGAUAAUAUUAGGUGGCAUUUUUGGCAUGAUCUGGUUCCUUAUUGUUCACUAUGCAAUAACACCAAUAUUCCCACGGUUUACUGAUAGGUAGGUUCCUUAUUUUGAUUGCCAGUCUUUUCGAAAACAGUUUCCCAGACCUAAUUUCUUUAGACAAACUGUGCACGGUCAUUCUCGAAGGAAUCAAAAGGCAAAAUUUCGUACGCUUAGUCUUUAAUAAAGGUUUUGACUUAGCACGUCAUGCAGUAGUUUUGUAUUUUAACCUGUAGUUCAGCAACCCAAUACAAUCCUUGUGCUUAGAAAAUUCGAAUAACUGUAAGAC